UCCCAGUCGCAGGCCUUGCGCCUAGUGGCCCUGUUGGAGUGGGAGCUGGAGGCGGCUCCCCAAAGCCUGCAGACCCGGCCCCCCAGUCGAUUUUUUAAAUUGUUUUAGGCCUGACUGCCAGGGGAGAGCCACCCAGCUCUCCCCACCACAGCGUCUCCACCUUCGUUCAGUCUCUGGUCUGUAAAGUGGGGUCUCCCCACCCCGCGCCCCAUUCGCCUCCAGGACUCGCCUGCCUCCAGUCUGCGCGAACCCUCGCAGCUCCCCAGGUGCUGCACCGGCACGGCAGCAGCAUGGCAGGCGUGGAGCAGCACGAAGGCACCUUCCAGGUGCAGGGCCAGAGCCUCUUCUUCCGGGAGGCCCGGCCGGGCAGCGGGCAGCCCGCCCGCUUCUCUGUGCUGCUGCUGCACGGGAUCCGCUUCUCCUCCGAGACCUGGCAGAAUCUGGGUACGCUGCUCAAGCUGGCUGAGGCUGGCUACCGGGCUGUGGCCAUUGACCUGCCAGGUCUGGGGCGCUCCAAGGAAGCAGCAGCCCCUGCCGCUAUCGGGGAGCUGGUCCCCAGCAGCUUCCUGGCAGCUGUGGUGGAGGCCUUGGACCUGGGCUCCCCAGUUGUAAUCAGUCCGUCGCUGAGUGGCAUGUACUCCCUGCCCUUCCUCACGGCCCCUGGCUCCCAGCUUCGGGGCUAUGUACCAGUGGCCCCCAUCUGCACUGAGAAAAUCAGCACCGCUGACUACGCCAGUGUGCAGACCUCAGCUCUUAUUGUCUAUGGAGACCAGGACCCCAUGGGUCAGACCAGCUUCGAGCACCUGAAGCAGCUGCCCAACCACCGGGUGUUGGUCAUGGAGGGGGCAGGGCACCCUUGUUACCUUGACAAACCAGAGGAGUGGCAUACAGGGCUGCUGGAUUUCCUGCAGGGCCUGGCAUGAGGCCCAGGCAUGAGGCCCAGCCCUGUGGUCAGGGGUGGGCUGCUUGCCUGUUUGGGGCUCUCUCCCUCCCCCCCUGCACACCCAACAGGUGUGUGUGUAUGUGUGUCUGUCUAGGUGCUUGUCUUUUGGGGUCUGUCUGCCUUUUCCUCUUUCUCUUGCAGUGACACACUGAGGAGGUGAAAUUAAGAGAAAAAAUUCAGGAAUCAAGGAACGGGACCUGGUGGUGGGUUAGUAACCUGUUUAGAUGAACUUCUCCUAGGCUCUGCUCUCCUUCCGCUGCUCUGCCCAGUCCAUCCCUCCCACCUCCUCCUUGGCUGCCCCACAGAGGACUCACAGCCCCUACCUAGCCUCUCAGGCCACAGAUCCAUACAUGCCCACAUGCAUGCAUACACAUGUUCCCAAAUAUGACCCAACCACACAGGUACAUGCACCUGACUGACAUGCAGACUCAGGUGCAGCUUUGCAUUGCAUGCACAGACACCCGUGCAUGUGUGUGUUUCCACACAGCGCUUGCACAGGCACGGGCGCCCUCCCAACCAUGCAGCACCCCAAUGCCUGGGAAAGUGGGGACCCCAGGGACUGGUCCUUGCAGGAGAUCCUCUGCCGAGUUUAGGGCGAGGCCUGCCCUGAGCUCCACUCACCUACAGGUCGCAGCUGACUCCAGAUCAGAAAUGUCCCCCAAAGGAGAGGGCCACCCCUUUGACCCUCAGAUUUUCCAGCGUUCCCCCUCAUUCUGGGUGCUCCACCCUUCCCCAGGUUAUCAGACCUGGGUCUUCACAGCCAAGCCUCUUUCCUGCUUCAGGGCUGGGGGAGGCGCAGAGGAAAGCGGAGGUCGGCGAAAUAAAGUCAUGCAAUUAGA